ACUGAACUCUGUAAUAGCUCAUUUUAAAAUUCGUAAUUUAUUGUCCAACGACUUUACUUAUGCUCCCCUUUUUUAAACCGUAUUCUGUUUUAUUAACCCAAGACUUCUCUUCUCUCUUUCUCUUCCCAUGUCGUCGUUGAUGCUACUUGUAAUUCCUCUUAGUAAUAAUUAGCAUACAGCUAAAUAAUACACAUAAUGCUGUUUGCAUCCUUACGGAGAAGCCUUCACCUUCACGGUUCUGUGACAGGUCACUGCUUUCGAACGAAAAACUACUAUGUACACAGCUUCUUUCGGUCGUUCGCCCAUUCACGAGGACGCAAACCAAGUACUACGUCUCGUCGCUCUCGUGAAGCCGCUCAAAACCAACUUUGGUCGCUUGCUACAAAAAGAUUCUUAGAGAAGAAACACAGUAUACUGAAAGAAACAAAAUUUCCAAAAAAUGUUCCUCGAAACACACAGCUGGCACUGUUCGACGAAUUCUACUCUGGAUGUGUUCAUGUUCCGAAGCAAUACGAUCCAUACUUCACCGAUUUACAAUCUAAGAUAUUGCAAAGUACUCAACGAAUACACUGGAAACCAUCAGUAGAGAAUGUCACGAAAGACACUCGUUUACACAGUUCGUUCGCAGAGCGCUUAAAACUUGAGUUUCAGAACUUUGUUAGUCACACGCUUAUGUUUGAGCCGCUUGAAAAAGAUUUGAGAAAGCUAUUAGAUGUUGAGUGGCCACACGAUUUGUAUCCUCCUGCACGUUCCAUGAGGCGGAAGUUCAUUAUGCAUGUCGGUCCUACGAACAGCGGCAAAACACACAAUGCGAUCAAUAAGUUGAAAACUUGUAAAAAGGGCAUAUUCGCUGGUCCGCUACGUCUUCUUGCUUCUGAAAUUUAUAUACGAAUGAAUGCAGAAGGAAUCAAGUGUAACCUUGUAACGGGUGAAGAAGUUAAAGCUGAUUAUGAGAAUCCUCAAUUAUUAGCAUGCACCGUUGAAAUGGCAGACCUUCACCAACAAUAUGAUGUCGCAGUCAUUGAUGAGAUACAGCUUAUCUCUGACGAAAAUAGAGGGUGGGCAUGGACCCAGUGUGUUCUAGGCUUACGAGCGAAAGAGAUUCACCUUUGCGGAGAAGAAAGUGCAGUUGAACUAAUUAAAAAACUUGCUGAAAAAACGCUCGAUGAAGUGGAAGUUCAUCGAUAUGAACGGUUAAACGCACUCAGAGUCAGCAAAACGAGUUUGAACGGCGACUUGGGCAACGUCAAAGACGGUGAUUGCGUUGUCGCCUUCUCACGUCGUGCGAUCUUUGAAGCCAAGAACACUUUGGAAGAGUUCCACAACAAGAAGUGCUGUGUUGUUUAUGGCUCUCUUCCUUUGGAAAUUCGUAAACAGCAAGCUACGGAUUUCAAUGAUCCCAAGAUACCAGCCAACGUCUUACUUGCCUCGGAUGCCGUUGGCAUGGGUCUUAACUUGAGUAUCCAGCGUGUCGUUUUCACGUCGCUCGCAAAGUUUACGGGGUCAAGUUUUGAAGAUAUACCUGUUCCUUUAAUUAAACAGAUUGCGGGCAGAGCAGGCCGUUACAAGGCCUCAAAUAACCAGGAUGAAAAACAGUCCGCUGGCGAAGUUACUUGCCUGUAUGACUAUCAAAUGCCUAUACUCAAACGAGCUCUUAGCCAGCCUAUCAGAAUGUUGAAGCAAGCUGGAUUUAUGUUUCCCGAUGACAUUUGGUGCGAAUAUUUUUUAACGUGUCCACAAGAUAUACCCUAUUCAUUCCUUUUUCGAAAAAUGAUUUUGCUGAGUAAUAUUCCACCAUGCUUCUUUCAUUGUCUUAUUAAAUCACAACUUCCCAUUCUUGAGAUUUUAAAGCCCAUUGAAACUUUAACGAUUAGAGAACGACUUUUGCUAACAAAUAUUCCGAUUCCUUUACGAUGGCCUACCAUGAAAGAGUUUGUCUAUGAAAUUGGAGAAAAACUAUCUCUCUGUACUCCCGUCCAACUUAACGAUUUUGAGCAUUUUAAUUUGGAUGUCCUGAAUCACAAGUAUAAGAACCAAUCCGACUUUCUCCAACAAAUAGAACUUUUGUACAAAAAAUUAGACGCUUACUUUUGGAUAAGUUUGCGGUUUCCAUGCAUGUUUCAAACAGAAGCAGCCAUUGACAUUAAGAAGAUUCUUCUUAAAAAGCUCAAUAGUUUUUCUCAUUAAUUUUCUAAUAAAAUAAAUAAAAACUUUUUAAGUAAUCCUUGUAACAGACCUGCUAUAUGAAAUGCUUCAUAAUGGUAAUAUUAAAUUUUAA